UGCUCUUACCAUAACAACCACACCCUUAAGUUUUGGUCACCAAAACAACCAUACCUGUAGUUGGUUACCCUAUCUCUCUCACUCCUCUAUCUAGAUUGUUCUUGUUCAUCUCCAUGAAUAUGAAGGUCUAGUAUAGAGGUGUGAAGUGUGAACAGUUCAAGAAAUCAUGAGCUUCAUUAGAAGUUGUAAUCUCCAUUUUGGGUGUUCAUAUACUGUGUUUAUGCUUCUUAUACUUCGAUCUUGUGCUCUAAACUCUGAUGGAACUCUCUUGCUUUCUUUCAAAUACUCUGUUCUUAGUGACCCAUUAUCAGCUCUUGAUAACUGGAACUACAAUGAUGAAACGCCAUGUUUAUGGACUGGUGUAACAUGUGCUGCAGUUGAAACCUCCAUUGGCAGAGCAGAGAUGUUCAGGGUCAUCAGCUUGGUCCUCCCAAACUCUAACCUUCUGGGUUCAGUACCAGAAGACUUGGGUUUCAUUCAACACCUCCGGACUCUUGAUCUCUCCAACAAUUUCCUAAAUGGAAGCCUACCCAGUUCACUUUUCAAUGCUUCAGAGCUUCAAGUCCUUUCUCUCUCCCACAAUGAUAUCUCCGGUUGGCUUCCACAGUUCACGGAAGGGCUUAAGAACCUUCAGUUUCUCAAUCUAUCCGACAAUGCCUUAGCCGGAAACGUCCCGGAAAGUUUGAGUUUUUCUCAGAAUCUCACAGUAGUUUCUUUCAGAGGUAACUAUUUUUUGGGUACUAUUCCGAGUAAAUUUCAAUUUGUUGAAGUGCUAGAUCUGUCUUCGAAUAUGUUUAAUGGGUCUUUGCCUGUUGAUUUUGGUGGAGAGAGUCUGAGGUACUUGAAUCUUUCUUAUAACAAGUUCUCUGGCUUAGUACCUCCAGAAUUUGCAGAGAAAAUUCCAGUGAAUGCCACUAUUGAUCUCUCAUUCAACAAUCUCACUGGAGAAAUUCCACAAACAGUUGUCUUGUCCAAUCAAAAAACAGAGUCUUUUGUUGGAAACAUAGGUCUCUGUGGCAAACCUCUCAAGAAACUCUGUACAAUUUCUUCCACUUUAUCCACUCCUCCUAAUGUCACUGCAAAUACUUCAUCAGCAGCAAUUGCAGCUAUACCAAAGACAAUUGACUCCACUCCAUUACCAAACUCUCCUGGAACCCCAAGUGGAACUCAAAACCAACCACAACAUGGGCUAAAACCCGGAACAAUAGCCGGAAUCGCGGUCGGAGACUUAGCAGGAAUUGGGAUUCUUGGGAUGAUAUUUCUCUAUGUGUACCAUCUGAUGAAGAAGAAAAAAGAAGCCACAAGCAAACAAGUCCCAGAAAACAAAGAAUUCAACUAUAACAAAGAAGAUGAAGACACCUCUAGAGGUAGAGCAACUUGGCUAUGCAUCAAUGGAGGAGAGAUAUCAGAGGCAACUGGGUCUGAAACUGAUGAAAAUAUCCCCAAAAAUGGCGGUUUUGAUCAAGUGGUGUAUGCUCCAAGGGAAAAUGAGAAGGAUAAGAAAGAGAGGUCACUUGUGAUGGUUGAUGGUGAGACAGAGCUUGAGCUGGAGACUUUAUUGAAGGCUUCUGCUUAUGUAUUGGGGUCUAGUGGGGGUAGUAUAGUGUACAAAGCUGUUCUUGAGGAUGGGACUGCUUUUGCAGUGAGGAGGAUUGGAAAGAGUGGUGUUGAGAGGUUGAAGGAGUUUGAGAACCAAGUGAAGGCCAUUGCUAAGAUGAGACAUCCCAAUUUGGUUCUGGUUAGAGGGUUCUACUGGGGAGAUGAUGAAAAACUGGUGAUCUAUGAUCAUAUCUCCAAUGGCAGCUUAGCCAGUGCUGGUUAUAGGAAGAUUGGCUCCUCUCCAUAUCACCUACCAUUUGAAGUCAGGCUCAAGAUAGCAAGAGGCAUUGCUCGAGGACUAACAUACAUCCAUGAGAAGAAACAGGUGCAUGGAAACAUCAAACCUAGCAGCAUCCUCUUGACACCUGAAAUGGAACCCAUUAUCAGUGAUUUUGGACUAGACUGGCUUAUAUCAGGCAAACACAGCUGCAAAACAACCGAUUCUGCCCGGCAUUUUGGUAGCAAAAGGUCUGCAUCGUCUCGUGACGAUGGCGUACCAGACCUCGCUAUAGGUGGGAACCCGAGCCCUUACAUUGGACCAGUUCAUAUUGGGUUCGUGGGGUGUACGUCUCCUUAUCAUGCACCCGAGUCACUCAAGAACCUCAAGCCCAACCCCAAGUGGGAUGUGUACUCUUUUGGGAUUGUGUUGCUUGAGCUUUUAACUGGGAAGGUGUUUUCAGGUAGGGAAUUGGGUCAAUGGACCAAUAAUGGUUUGGUUGCGGAGGACAAGAACAGGGUUUUGAGGAUGGCUGACGUGGCAAUCAGGGCUGAUGUGGCAGCCAGGGAGGAUACCACGCUGGCAUGCUUUAAACUAGGGUUUGGUUGUGCCUCACUGGUCCCACAAAAGAGACCCUCAAUGAAAGAUGCACUUCAAGUCCUUGACAAAAUCCCGAUUGCUUUACAUGAGUGAUAUGAAUGGGUCCAAAAAAAGCUUAUAUAGGAUUAAAAGGGCUGUUUGGUCUUUUUGACUUAGAAUGCUUUUGUUGCGUGAAUAUAGGAUGCUAAAGCUUUGAUAAAGGGCGAGAAAGUGCAGUGGUGUAUUUGUAUGUUUGACUGAUUAAUCAAAUUUUUAUCUUUAUAGUGUACUUUUUUAAUGGUGAGUAUAGGCGCUUCCCCUUUUUUUGUUUUUUUGGCUGGCUAAAAGAAUC